ACGAGUUACGCCCAAUUACACCAUGGAGUCCAUGGUAGAGGCAGUUUCUGAACUAAAGUUAAAACUUCUAAGAAUGUUGUUGUGAUUUACCAAUGUAGUUUUAACCGUUAUUUUGUAAGACAGCAUUUAAUCGUUUGGGUCAUGGGCCCGUUGAGCAGUGUUUAGCGAAAGCUUGUAGCUAGCCGCGGCGGAAGCUAACGUUAGCCGCUUAGCUAGCUAGCUAGCUAGCUAGGUAAAGUUAGGUGGCUGUCGGAGAUUCGAAGUCGUUUGCUGGUUGUUGUUACGUUGAGCUUUUGCGAUAUGCAUAACAUUGACAUGUGGUAUUACUAUAUGCUGUUGGCUAUAUUUGCAACUUCUCACUGCGAUAAUUUGUGGGGGCUGUCAAGCUACCGCUAACGUUAGCUAUCUCUUGCUUUGACAGUUAACAAAGAUAACGGUCAACAGAGAAGAAGUGAAAGUGGUGUCUAGUAGAUACCAGAUAUCUUGUAGUUAUAGCUACUUGAAGAAGCUAUUACGCAGUACAGAAUGCUGCUGUCCCUUGUUGUGCACACGUACUCGUUGCGGUACUGGUUUCCUGCAGCGGUUAUGAUAGGCACAGCUCCAGCUUAUGUGCUAUCAUGGGGUGCUUGUCGUUUGAUUUCGGCUUUCCUACCAUCAAGAAUAUACCGCAAGAUGGACGACCACCUCUAUAACAUCUACCAGAGCCUCAUCCUCUUUUUCUUUGAAAACUAUACCGGGGUGGAGAUUGUUAUUUAUGGAGACAUACCAAAGAAUAAAGAGAAUGUGGUCUACCUUUCCAACCAUCAAUGCACAGCGGACUGGAUCAUUGCUGACAUGUUAGCCAUUAGGCAGAAAGCACUUGGCCAUGUGAGAUACGUCCUGAAAGAUGGUCUGAAGUGGCUCCCAUUGUACGGAUGGUAUUUCUCUCAGCAUGGCGGUGUCUACGUGAAGCGAAACGCAAAGUUUGACGAGAAGGCAAUGAAAAAGAAGCUCUCUUCACAGACAGUGUUGGGAACACCAAUGUAUCUUGUCAUCUUCCCAGAAGGAACCCGAUACAACCCUGAACUCAAGAAGAUGAUCAGUGACAGUCAGGCUUUUUCCGCUAAAGAAGGGCUGGCUAUCUUGGACCACGUUCUGACCCCAAGAAUGAAAGCCUCUCACAUUGCCAUAGAAACCAUGAGGAACCACCUGGAUGCUGUGUAUGACGUCACCGUGGUGUAUGAGGGAACACUGGGCAAAAGCAGUGAAAGACAUCCUGCCCCAUCAAUGCCAGAAUUCCUGUGUAAGGAAUGUCCCAGAGUUCACAUCCACUUUGAACGUGUGGACGUGAAGGAAAUUCCACCGGAGUCUGUGUUUUUCCGCAGGUGGCUGCACGAGCGAUUUGAGAUCAAGGACCAGAUGUUGACUACUUUCUAUGAGUCUGAGGAUCCAGACAAAAAAGGCAGAUUCCCUGGAGAAGGUCAAAGGUCCCACCUGAGCAUUAUGAAGACGUUGCCAUCGCUGCUAUUUUUGGGCGGGCUAACACUGCCAAUGCUGUUGACGGAGUCUGGCAGGAAACUCUAUGUCCGAACCUGGGUGUAUGGGACUCUGUUGGGAUGGCUCUGGGUCAACGUUAGUCCUUAAGAAGCUUAUGGUGGUCAUCAAUGCCAUCUGCUAUGGCUAUGGAAAGACCUUGCCCUUUCACUCACCCAUCAGGCAGGGGCGUAUGUUUUUCGAAAAACAAAGCACUUGUUGCUGUUAUGGUUUGGUUCUUCUAGAAUUCUGUCCAAAUGGUUGGCUCAUUGCCUACCUAACAGCUGUAAGAAGAGAGAGUGAGAUAGAUAGAUAGAGAAGUGGUUUUGUUUCUUGUGCUGCUUCUUCAUUGCUCUAUGGUUGUGUGCGUCAACUUGCAGCCAGAUAAGGUGAGAAAAAUAGAAAUAGGGAUGUUGUAUGUCUUUCUUUCCUUGAAUUUCCCCCUUUAUCUCAGCCAUAAAGUAUGAAUAGACAGAUUUUCUUCCCUAUACAGUUUAGCCUAUUACAUAAUUAAAUUCUGUAAUUUUGCAUGUCCAGUGUCCAGCAUCCCUUUUCAACAUGUAAUCUUCCAUUAGUUUACCGGAGUUAGGCUUCAGCUCUCUGUUUGAGAUGUUAUGCUGUGUUCAUGUGCUCUUGGAAUUAUUAACAACUCGGGACUGAGAAACUCCCCAAAUGCUCUCAGAAUGUUCAUAACUCUGCGUUGACAACGUCCAAAAAGUAAUUUAUGAGCUUCCAAGAAGGAUGAAAUAGGAGUGGGGAGAUAACAUGUAUCGUCCUCUGAUCUUUCCAGUAAGAUAGUUUAGAGUUUCUUAUUCCGAGGAGCAUGUGAACCCAGCAUUAGAGAGCAGAUGUAAUAUUCAGUACUAAUUACAAAGUACUCAUUACAAAAGAGAGUGAUUAGUGUUUAUCCAAUAGUCAAAUUAAUACAUUCUUGAGGGUGAUGGAGGGAUUAGGUCUAAGUGAUGGUUACUUAGCCAUGUGUUUAAAGUUCUCCUUUUUAAUACCCGGUUACAACAUGUCUGCUGUAUGUGCGCUUUGUUUGUUUGAGUUUUUGCAAAAGUUCCGCAAAUUGUUGCCAAACUCUAUAGAAGUGCAGGGGUAUCAAACAAGUGUUUUUAGGGGGAGGAAUGUAUCUGUAAUCGGGUCAGCUGUACCUGAGGAACCAAUAUUGUAUUUUUUAAUUGACCGAAAGAUUGCAAGUAUAUUAGAUUUUCUAAAACAAAUUCCGUUUUGGAGAGCUUGUUAUUGAGGCAGUUUGGUAUAUGCUGCCUUUGCCAUGUUACAGAUUACACAAGGGGUAGAGAAUAGAGAUAGCUAUAUAUUGAGAAGGCCAAUUGUAGUGUAUCACAAUAUAGAAUUCAUAAUCCUUUGUUUACAAAGUCAACUGUAUAAUAUGCGUCACUAUUCUAAAAACAGUUAUAUACUGUAUGUCCAUUAUUUUUCACAAUGAAAACAUAACUUUUUCAACUGUUGUCACUUUACAUGUUGGUAUUCUUAUUUUAUUGAAUUAUUAAAGGUGUCUUCCAAUAGGGAUGAAAUUAGCCCAUGGUAAUUACACCUGCCACACCUAGGUCUCAUUUACAUAUCCUUCCUUUAAUAACAAUGUGGAAUGGCAAUACAGUUUAAAAACAUGAUUUCAUUCAAUUUAUUUAAUUUAAUUCUGUCAACUUGAUAUAUAUAUAAAAAGCUGAUUGUAAAUAAUCAAACAAUUCUGGUAGACACUAUUGUGCCAAUUGUACCCAGAAAUGUGUGCCUUCUACCAGAGUUAGUCCUCAGCUUCCAUCCAGAGGACUGCCCGUAAUGACUGGACUGGGACUCCCUCUACUGGACAGCACUGGAACUGUUUUGCACAGCAUAGUUUAUUGGUGUAAUUGUCUUCAGUUAUGCGCUUUUGGCGGAAUUUGGUGGAAUAUUUUUUUUUAAGCACUUGAUUUUGAGAAGAAAAAAAAAGUAAUAUGUUUUAGGUUUUUUUUCCUUUUGUAAAUAAAGUACCUCAUCAAGUUCAGAUGAA